GCACCCAGUACUCCUCCUCACCACCAUGUAUUUGGAUUCAAUGAGUCCCAGAAACCGAUACCGCCACCUCGUAAAGGGGCUGCUUCAAUGAGUGAUGACCAAGCUAAACCUAUCUGCACCAACUGCAGUGCAACCUCGACUCCUCUCUGGAGACGCUCUACAGAUGACGAACUUCUCUGCAAUGCUUGUGGACUUUAUCAAAAGUUACACAAUGCACCGCGCCCAAAGACUCUCAAGCCUCACAAUGCCCGCAAGGAGGCACGUGAAGAUGAAGUGUCUCAACUUGUGUGCUCCAACUGCUCUACAACAACAACACCUUUGUGGCGACGAGACGAUGAAGGAGCACCGUUGUGUAAUGCAUGUGGGUUGUAUCUCAAAUUACAUCAUGAACGAAGGCCACUUUCAAUGAAAACAGACAUCAUCAAAAAACGCCAAAGAUAU